AAUAUUAAUAGUCCCAACCAGCCCUCUAAACCAGGGGGGGAAGAUAGAUUUGAAUCUUGUUUUUGUAGCUUGUUGUCCUUUGACUUACAAUAACUUUCAUGUAAUAAGAGAGAUAUCCUGCAUUCAGCAGGCUGCUAAGUAUUAAAGUUGAGGCUCCUCUCUCAUACAUCCAUAAAGUUUUGAAACACCAGUCUUCCACUUGCUAUUUUCCCAGAUUCUAUAAAACUAUCGUACAUUCUGGAAAUUCUAUGCAUACUUUUUAAUAUAGUGGUUUUGCAAAUUUCCUUAAGCCUUACGCAUUUAGUAUCUUGCUUAAAUAGAUGUGAUAUAGGCAGUUUUUGUGGGAUAGUGCCAUUCAGAAAAUUUCAAUACUCUUUCAUAGUUAAGGUAUAUUGAUGUUAUAGUAUUUUUCUCCUUAUCUUCUAUAUUUCCUAUUUAAGUGUAGUGUUUCUUUCACUUUCUGACACUUCGAGACGAGGUUUCAUCAGAUUUGAGCAUAGAUUAACCUCCAGUAUGGCAGCAUCAAACCACAAUCAAGUUGUUUCUUGGGACAAUGCCAUUGAGAUGGAAAAUGAUGAAGCUGUCGGGCCACCGCCUCCUAUAAGUCCGCAGAGAAAGAAUGUGAGCGAAACUUACAACUUUUCUAGCCCGAGCAGGUCGGGGACCACACGCCACAGAACCAGCAUGUUAUUCGAGACAGAGGCAGAGACCUCGAAUGAGUUUAAUGUUGUAGAAAAAGCGGAGAAUGAGGUGGAAGCUAAGAAAAUAUACAAUAACUAUCGGUUUGGGUUAAGAAAGUGGAAGAGUCACGUUUCUUCUCGGUCGAUUGAUUCCAGAUCUGAAAUUGUACAGUCUCUUUUUUCUGAUAUCAGUAGUUACACCCCAGUACGAGUGUCAACUUUCAGGAUUUCUAAUAUUCUUUACUUUCUUCUUGUUGGUUGGUGGUUGGCUUUGUUGUACUCGGUCAUUGGGGUUGUCAUGUGCUUCUCUGUUUUGGGUUUCAAACAUGGAAAAAUGUGUUUCCGACUUGCUCGCUACUUCCUAUGGCCUUUCGGGAAGUUUGUGUACCAAUCUGUGUUCAUAAAACCUUCAAUGAUCCGGGAAGAGAGUGAGACAGAUGGGCUGGGUGCUGUGCCGGCUUGUGAUCAUUCAGAAGUCACCCCAGUUCUUCCAGGCAGAAGAGAGGGAGAAAAUGACUUGCUGUUUGCUUGGUCACUCUCCUUCUGUCGUACCAAGAAUCAUCCGGGCACCUACCUGUGGUUCCUUGUGGGGCUGCCGGUGUUGUGGGUGGUUCAUGCUGUCCUGUUUGCCGUCUCCUGGUUCUUUGUUGUCACUAUUCCUAUAGCGAAGAUCAACAUCAAGACGAUGACCCGAGUUUUGUUCAUGCCUGCGGAUGAAGUACGAGUCGGAGAUUCUGGAGUGGGACUGAAGGAAGGCGGUCUCCGACGUAACAAGAUUAUUAUGUACACGCAUCAAGCUUUCAACGUCUACUACUACAAGUACACAGUGGAUGGGGUCAAUGUUAUUGUGGCCAACCUGCUUCUCUUUGUCAUCUUGUCUAUCGCCAUUGGUUAUGCUGACUCAAAGAAUGAGCUCACCAGCCCUAUUAUGAAAUGUAUUUUGAGCAUUCUCUCAAUACUUCCUGUCACUUACUACAUAGGCAUGGCUAUAACUAGCAUUUCAGCUGUGAGUAACUUUGCUGUUGGUGCUUUUUUGAACGCAACAUUUGGUUCCAUGGUUGAAGUUCUGCUGUUUAUCAUGAUGCUGAAGAAGGGUAGAGAUGAUAACGAGACUUGUUUUGUGGAGCUUGUCAAGUCAACACUAACUGGUUCUAUUCUGUGCUGCAUCUUGUUAGUUCCUGGCCUCUCGAUGGUCAUUGGUGGGCUCAAAUUCCGCCGGCAGAACUUUAAUCCCAAAUCUGCAAACAUCAGCUCAUCUCUCUUGUUUGUGGCUGUCAUCGGAGUGUUUGCACCCACCAUUUUUUCCAAGAUUUACGGAAACUUGGAAUGUGACAGCUGUGAGCCGCACAGUGAGGUAAAUGGAACUAUUAAAAACGGCACAGGUUUUCUUUGCUCUGGUUGUCGCACUGUCACGGUCGGACCAGAUAAUAACCAGAGUUUAUACAAAGCUCACGUUGAGCCCCUAGUCUACACCUGUUCCCUGAUUUUGCCUAUUGCUUACAUCAUCGGACUGAUCUUUUCCAUGAAAACUCAUACCGCAGAAAUAUUUGAUGAUUUUGAGAACCGCCAGCGAGACGAGGGGGCGGGGUCUCAUGGAGGAAGGGCGCAGUGGUCAAGGGUUAAAAGCACUUUUAUUCUCCUUCUUUGUGCUACGGCAAUAGCCUUGUCGUCUGAUCUCAUCUCUGCAAACAUCCCGCCUUUGCUGAACGCAUCUGGAAUCUCAGAAUAUUUUAUUGGUGUCACUUUGUUAUCUAUCGUCUCCAUGCUGGCGGAGAUUGUAAACGGCAUUCAGUUUUCCCUACAGAAUAACGUGAACCUUGCCAUUGAAAUUGGCAGUGCAGCGGCCAUCCAAGUGUGUAUGGUGCAGCUGCCGAUCAUUGUCCUAGCAAACCUAAUAUACCCCAUGGGCUUCAAUGCUGUAUUCAGUGAUAUCCAUUUAUGGGCCAUCGUGUUUGCUGUCAUAGUCAUCAACUAUAUUUUCCAGGAUGGAAAGAGCGAUUAUUUUCAAGGCUCCAUCGUUGUGUUUAUCUACAUUUUGUUGAUGGCCAUGUACUUUUUCACAGUAACCCCAGAGCAGGCUGUUUGCAAGUCACAGUGAUGAAAUAUUCACUGCUUGCAAUCGUGGAUUUUGAAUUAAAAAGUAAAAGAUUGGUCUGCCGUAAUGCUUCACUGCCUGACCUGUAGCUGUCUCUGUCUGUGACGUAGGGAUUAAGAGGAUUCUUCUAGAAGAACAGGACUGGCUCCGGACGGACUAACAAAUCUGUCACCGUGGUUUUAUGCACCCCGCAUAAUUUAGCAAAAAUUUAUCAUCGUUUGCAUAAUUUCUUGGGGGUCGAAGAAACAAUUGCCAGCUGGCUCAAAGCUUUUUUUUUAAGGUAGUCAGAGAAUAGUUGAAGAAUAUCAAUGGGUAACUCAGCUACAUGUAUUUUGUAUGAUGGCACAAACCUAUGUGUGUCGGAUGGAAUGUAAACCCUUUUCACAGUCGUUAUUGUUUAAGACUGCUUUGAAUACACUGACAUAUUAUUAUCCUUUUGACGAGAAUUAUUGGCUCCUGACAACAUUAAUUUUUAUUAUAUGAGAAUAAGUUAUAUCAAUGAUACAAUCCAUUUACGAUUUUAAUGAGCUGAGGGCAAUGGGAUUUGCCAUUAAAUAAAAUAAAAUUACACUAUGAAUUAAAUUCUGGUUCUAACCAUGAAAAAAUCCUUCAAAGUAACUGCUUAAAGACUUUUAUUGACUAGGAGAUGGGCCAGAACUAUUUUCUGUGGUAAUGGCAAGACAGUUUUGACAAAAAGUGGAGAUACUAGAUAGAUUAUACUCUUACACUCAACAGCACAAUUCUCCAAUGUAGUUAGCAAUGGCACUGGGAGUUGUUAAUACGUAAAUUGCACUUUUGUACCUGAAAAGGUUGACUGUGGUGUUGUAAUAACGAAAGGACAGCAAAAUAGCAAGUCUUGGCCUGUAGGCCUACUGCGCUACAUGUGUAUACAAAUGGAAUUCCUGGACAAACAGUCCAACUACUUUUCCAUUUUUUAUGCUUUUCAAAGAAUCUGAGGUAAGUUUGUAUGAAUUUUUGAGACUGAAAUAAUUGGUCAUUUCCUUUCUCAUGCGCAAAAAUAUAUUUGUUGAGGUAAAUUGUCAAUACAAAGUUUAAAAUCCUAUUUAUCCUUCUGCAGCAGGAGUUUUCUUCCUGUGUGUGUAUUUAAUUAAGAACUUGGAGUAUGGAUCUCUCCUUUUUACCCCUUACUUAAAGCAUAAAGCUGUCCCCGUCGUUUUAUGCUAGAAAAAUUCUGAAAUUAUGCAAACUGAGCCCAAAAA